AUGGAAGAUCUAGACCGUCAGAUAGCAUCCGUGAUGGAUUGCAACCCAUUACAAGAAGACGAAGUGGUUCGGCUGUGCGAGAAGACUAAGGAGAUACUUCAAGGAGACCAGAACGUUCCCAACAUAGCUGCACCAGUCACUGUUGUCGGUGAUAUCCAUGGACAAUUCUACGACUUGCUGGAGCUUUUUAGAAUCGGUGGGCGUGCUCCUGACACCAAUUAUCUUUUCAUGGGGGACUAUGUUGAUCGAGGAUAUUAUUCUGUUGAAUGCGUCACCUUAGUAGUUCUCUUGAAGCUGCGAUAUCCCAACAGGGUUACCAUUCUACGUGGCAACCACGAAUCAAGACAAAUCACUCAGGUGUACGGUUUCUAUGAUGAAUGCGUUCGAAAGUACGGCAGUGCGAAUGUGUGGAAAUGUUUCACGGAUCUGUUCGACUUCCUUCCACUCGCGGCUACUAUUGACAAGCAACUCUUUUGCCCCCAUGGCGGCUUGUCGCCCUCCUUGGACACAGUGGCGCAGAUGCAGCAGCUCGAGAGGUUCCAAGAGAUUCCGCAUGAGGGCCCCAUCUGCGACCUCAUGUGGAGCGACCCGGACGACCGCGUUGGGUGGGGAAUCAGCCCGCGAGGAGCAGGUUACACAUUCGGACAGGAUGUGUCGGAGCAUUUCAAUCACAUCAACGGCUUCGAGUUCAUUGUGCGAGCACAUCAGCUGGUCAUGGAGGGAUACAACUGGUCGCACGAGAACGCAGUGGUAACUCUCUUCAGCGCUCCCAACUACUGCUACCGAUGCGGAAACCAGGCCGCGAUCAUGGAGGUUGACGAACACAUGCAUACCAAGUUCAUCCAGUUCGACCCGGCGCCGAGGAGAGGCGGGCCCAACUCAAAGGAGGUGACAGUGAGCAGACAAGCGCCUGAGUACUUCCUGUGA